AAUUCCUGUGCGCCAAGCUCGGGUCUGCCGUGGGUGGGCGGGGGGGUAGGGUUUAGAAGGGAGCGCACUUCCGGUGCCCUUUCUCCAGCAAGCACCUGGGGCUCGGACCUUCGUGUGAAGGGUGCGAUCCGUAAACUGGAGCGCGGUAAAGGCAGGCCGGCACCCGCUUCUGACCUCUGGUGCCGCCGGCCUCAAGAUCGGACAUGGCCCAGAACUUGAAGGACUUAGCGGGACGGCUGCCCUCCGGGCCCCGGGGCAUGGGCACGGCGCUGAAGCUGCUGCUGGGGGCCGGCGCCGUGGCCUACGGCAUCCGCGAGUCGGUGUUCACCGUGGAAGGCGGGCACAGAGCCAUUUUCUUUAAUCGGAUCGGAGGCGUGCAGCAGGACACCAUUCUGGCCGAGGGCCUUCACUUCAGGAUCCCCUGGUUCCAGUACCCUAUCAUCUAUGAUAUUCGAGCCAGACCCCGAAAAAUUUCCUCCCCCACAGGCUCCAAAGACCUGCAGAUGGUGAACAUCUCCCUGCGGGUGCUGUCCCGACCCAACGCCAUGGAGCUGCCCAGCAUGUACCAGCGCCUGGGGCUGGACUAUGAGGAGCGAGUGCUGCCCUCCAUUGUCAACGAGGUGCUCAAGAGUGUGGUGGCCAAGUUCAACGCCUCCCAGCUGAUCACCCAGCGGGCCCAGGUGUCCUUGUUGAUCCGAAGGGAGCUGACGGAGAGGGCCAAGGACUUCAGCCUCAUCCUGGACGAUGUCGCCAUCACUGAGCUGAGCUUCAGCCGGGAGUACACAGCAGCUGUAGAAGCCAAACAAGUGGCUCAGCAGGAAGCCCAGCGGGCCCAGUUCUUGGUAGAAAAAGCGAAGCAGGAACAGCGGCAAAAGAUUGUGCAGGCCGAGGGUGAGGCAGAGGCCGCCAGAAUGCUGGGAGAAGCUCUGAGCAAGAACCCUGGCUACAUCAAGCUGCGCAAGAUCCGGGCCGCCCAGAACAUCUCCAAGACGAUCGCCACGUCACAGAAUCGUAUCUAUCUCACUGCUGAUAACCUUGUGCUGAACCUACAGGAUGAAAGUUUCACCCGGGGCAGCGACAGCCUUAUCAAGAGUAAGAAGUGAACCUGGUGACCGAGCACUCUGCCACCAGGGAAGAAGUGGAUCUGUUUCUCCCCUAGUUUUUGAGGAGCCAGCCUGGGGUCCAGCACACCCCCACCCUGCCGCCAGUAUCAUGUGAUGGUCCCUCCACAUCUGACCUCCCAACCCUUCUUGAAGAACAAAGACUGAGCAUUUUCCAGGGAGUGACUCCCCCAUUGCCAGGGGUGUUGGGGCAGGGUGAUUUCUCAGUGAUCUCCUAGUGUUGGUUCCUCCCUCACAGUUGGGAGGCGGAUCACCACCACCCCAGGAAUUCUCAAUAAAUUUUUAUUACUUAAGCUGAA